GUUCCGUGUAGUCGUUGGGGUAAUGUGGUCCUCUCCAAAUGAGAAUCUGCAAGGCAGGUCUUCCACGUUUGUUCAGAAGAACACUAAUUCUGAGACAUAUAAACAACGAUAUGUCUUACCAUACAAGAGAUCUGAGAGAUUCUAUCAUUCAGAAUACAAAAUGAAUUAUAACGAUGGUUUUCAAGGAAGAAAGAGAGGUGCGAAUUAUAUCUGGAGUCAAUUUGACAGAAGGAACAAUCAUUUUGAUCAUUCUGGUGCUCCAUAUGCCAUGGGAAUGAAAAGAAGAAGAGAAAGAUGCAGUUAUGAUGACCAAUAUUUUCUUAAUGUGUGGGAUGAUAGAGAAACUGAGGAGAGCGAAACUGAUCUGGAUGCUGAAAAUGGACCUGAGGAGAAAUGGUACAAAGUCACAAUUCCAAGUGGAAGAAAGUAUGAGAAGACAUGGCUAAUGAGGUCAAUCCAGAACUUCUGUAGUGAGCCCUUCAUCCCUGUUGAUUUCCACUAUGACAAAACCCAGGCCCGGUUCUUUGUUCAGAAUGCUAAGACUGCCUCUGCAUUGAAGGAUGUCAGCUACAGGAUUUGUGAUGAAACAAACAGAAAAAUAGCGAUCUUUGUCAGUCCUUCUGUUGUGCCCUAUUCUGUGCAAAACAAGUUUACAUCAGAACAAAUGGAGUACAUAAGGGAAUCUAUGAUGAACCGGUAUGACUCCUCCCAGAAAGCUCUGGACCUCGAAAAGUUCCGAUUUGACCAGGACUUAAUGGACAAGGAUAUUGACAUGAUGCUGAAUCGAAGAAGCUGCAUGGUUGCCACACUACAGAUCAUUCAAAGUGAUUUCCCUGAACUGUUGUCCUUGAACUUGAAAAACAACAAACUGUACCAGCUGGAUGGGCUGUCUGACAUGACAGAGAAGGCCCCUCACGUUAAGAUUCUGAACCUCUCCCGAAAUAAACUGAAGUCAUUCACGGAAUUGGAGAAGGUGAAAGAACUGAAGCUGGAAGAGCUGUGGCUGGAAGGGAACCCCUUCUGCAACUGCUUCUCAGAUCAUUCUGAGUAUAUAAGAGUACCAACAGGAAAGCCUCAGGAUGGCAAGGACCUAAUAGUACCAACAGGAAAGCCUCAGGAUGGCAAGGACCUAAUAGUACCAACAAGAAUGGACAUCGAGGUCCCUCAACCAUGCAAGGAAAGCUGUAACAAAUCUGAAGUCAUAAAAAAUCUAGUUCUACAAUUUCUGAAAGAGUACUACUUGUUUUAUGACAAUGGAGAUCGACUUCGUCUUCUCGAUGCUUACCAUGACCAGGCCUGCUUCUCCUUGUCAGUUCCUUUUGAUGUCAGUGACCCAGACCUGAACAACUUGGAAGAAUAUUUCAAAUACAACAGAGAUCUAAAGAGGCAGCAAGACUCAAACAUGCGACUGCAGUUGCUGAAGCACACAAAACAUGAUAUCGUGAACUCUCUUAGCUUGUUACCCAAAACUCAGCAUGAUCUUUGCUCUUUCUUGGUGGACUUGUUUCUCCACACGGAAAUGAUGCUCUGUUUUUCUGUGAAUGGACUAUUCAUGGAAGUGGAAGGAAAAUUUCGAGGCUGCAUCCGUGCCUUCACGAGGAUCUUCAUUGCUAUCCCUUGCAGCGAUUCAAGAAUUUGCAUCAUAAACGAUGAGCUGAUUGUGAGGAAUGCCAGUCCCAAAGAGAUACAAAAGGCCUUCACGUCAUUGCCUGUACCUGACACAUCAUUCAAGCCUUUACUCUCUGAAGAACAGCAGGAAAUGGUGAAGUCUUUCUCUGUGCAAUCUGGAAUGAAACUUGACUGGUCUCAGAAGUGCCUUCAAGAUAACGAGUGGGACUACACCAAAGCUGGUGAGGCCUUCACUGCUCUCCAGAAUGAGGGCAAGAUCCCAAAGGAAUUCUUCAAAUAAAAGGAUACUAAAGAUGUCCUAUGGAUAGAGUGUUCCUCCUCAUCCACAUUAUUUCCCUUUAUAAGGCCUUUCCCACACCUGGGAAUAGAGAGAGGCCUGUCUGACCAAGAAGCAAAAGUUAACAUGUAGACCAAGUAAUAUAACCCCCCUCUCCACAUUGGCAGGU